GCCCUCACGGCCGGCCCUCACGAGCCAUUCCCUGCCCAGGGCCCGCCCAGAGCCGGAGGGGAAGGCGCCUGUCUGAGGGUGCCCGUGGUCCUCCUGGGCAGGAGGGGACCGGGAAAGGGAUAAAUGCCCUUGGCUAUGGAUUCCAGGCACCCCAGGCCGUGCCGGGACACCCCCGGACCUGCCCCCGCCGCCUCCAGCCCCUCAGGGCGCCCUGAGGCGCUGCCCCUGGGCGGGGAGGAGAGCUCCUUCGCAGAGGCAGCGAUGGCGAGCAACGCGCAAAAAUCUGACGAGAGUGGGAGUAAACGUCAAAGGAUGGAGAACGCAGCGUCAGAAAAUCCUCAGCUGUCCUUCCCUGACAAAACAGAUUUGGCUCUUUCUGAGGACUCGCAGUCCCUUUACGACACUGAACCACUGGAAAAAGUUUUAAACGAGAUGAGCAAAGAAAUUAUGACCUUGUUAUCAAAAUAUGCUAACAUUAUAAGUGAGACAGCAGCGAUGGAGGCUUCUUGUGUCCAGGAACUGGAAGGAAUCUUAAAAGAAGCGAGGGACAUAGACGAGGACUUAAAGCAGAAAAGGGAGAGUCUGAAACAGAGAUUCACUGUCAUGGCAAACACCCUGCAGGGAUAAAUG